AUGCGGUCUUUUUCUAGUAGUGGCCUUGCUCCUGUAUCUGAGUUUGUUGCUGCUUCUGACUUGGCAUUGCAAGGGAGGCAAAGAAAUAGGAGACCUGUCCGGGGGCGUGUCAGAGGGCAGGGCACGAAGUCAAGAAUUCAGUCAGCUCGGAAUUUCAAUGAUGAAAGUGAAGAGGGACGGACUAAUCGAGCAGAUGAGGCCUUGGUACGCGAGGGGGCCCGUCGUAGCCGAGACCUACAGGCUGAGAAUACAGACCUGAAAUUGGAACGGGAUGCCUUUAGGAAAGACAAUCUGGACAUGAACAACCAGAUGAAAAGCCUAUUGUCUGAGCUGGAAGGUCUUCGAGCCUCUCGCAGAGAACACCAGACACUGGGCAAUGUGUCUUCUCGCCUACAGCGAUCUGAGACACACGAACCAAUCCGCGGCUCUGGAGACGUACAGCAAGACCGCAAUUUCGAUGGUCGAACUGGUGCUAUCAGUGAGUCGCAGUCUGAAGAACUUCAGAUGCUGCAGUCAAAAACUGCAGAUCUUCUUGAAGAAUACGAGGAAAUUGUUGCUGAGAAGGCGGGAUUGAGCAAAUCGUUGAAAGAAGCAGAAGAGGGACGGAGAACGUUACAAUCUGGGUUGCAUUCAUCCAAAAACAAACAGGAUCAACUUGAAACUGAGCGAGAUCAACUGCGAAAGCAGGUUCGAGAACUGCGGGCUCUGGUAACAGAAUUACGAGUGUUUCGGGAUUCAGGAAAUGUUGACUUGCUCAAAUCGGAAGAGAGGAACUCUUACCUGCAAAGAGAUCGCGAGAGGUUAAAAGAGGAACUGCGAGAGAGUAAUAGCAAGUUGAGCGAGGAAAAGUUAGAGUUGUCAAACACACAAAGGUUGGUGAGCUCCAUAAAAUGUCAACUCACUGAAGCUCAGAGAAAAUACGACGAAUUUGAUUCAACUGAGAGGCGUUUGAAAGGCGAGUUGGGGUGCCAACUGGGAAAGUUGGAGGAGUUGCAGGUGCUUCUGGACCAAACAAAAAUCGAAAAGCAGAAGACACAGGAGGAGAACAUCAACCUGAGCACAGAACUUGCAAGUUUGAGGACGGAGUACGAAAGAAGCCAAAACGGAUAUCAAUCAACUCUGCGAGAUUUGGAGAAGUCACGCUUUGGAUUCCACCAAGGGCAGAAAGAGGUUGUUCAUCUCAAGGGUGAGAUGGUCAAAGGUAAGCGUGAUCUAAGCCGCGUGCAAAGAGAGAGAGAUUCUCUGAGAUCGAUUGUGAAGAAGAGAGAGAGUGCUCUACUUGCGUUGCGCCCGGUGUUGACGCAGGUUACAAAUAAAAUUGACGCUCUGUUGUCAGUUGGACAAGACGUUGAUUACUCCCCCGUGGAUGCCGCUCGAGACAUUGCAGAGAGCAGAUGUGGGACACAAGCACAGGAGGAGCAAGAGGAAGUCGCGGAGAUUCAGCCAUUUUCCCGUCAAGGACCAAUCUCCCGACGCGGCAAGGAACAUAGAAGUUGCGCAGCUGCGCAACUUCUAUGUUCGUAUGACGGCGGGGACGUUAAUGAGAUCCCUGCUAAAUCUCACCCGGAAAAUCACGAACUGAGUCGCAUUCCGGGCACAUCGGAACAAGGUCGACAAGCCUAG